AUGGCAACGAAAGGCAAACAGCUCCCACACGAGCGGCGGAAAGGCGAAUCUGCAUUAAGUGAAUUCGCAGACUACGUCGAGAAGCAGCAAGCACUGCGGUAUCCAUCUGCUGCAGGCACCGCAAACCCCGCAUUAGAAGACCAUGCCGAACUUGAUAUCCUAAACUCUCUCGACCUCGCAGACACCUCUUCUUCAGUCCGACUAAAAGAGCUGCUUCUCUCUAACGACGAUGACAUGCUAGUGAAACUGGUCACCCUGCUGGAGACGCGGAUAGAGGAAGGCCAUGGCGAGACAGUAUUUGAGAUUGGAUUCGAGAAUAAUGGUGAUUCGAUGGCAUUAACCAAAGAUGAGUGGGACAUGUCCAUGAAGAGGCUACGAGAAGCGGCAAAGAAUGUCAGGGCAGAUUGCCAAGUGCUGUUGACGAAGCAUGUCGGGGGGGAGGAAGAGGCAGAAAGUGCAGCGACGGAGAAAGACAAGGAGUGCAGUGGCAAGAUAUUGAUCCGACAGCACCCAGCUACCGUGGAGGAAGUCAUCGAGACUAGAAUUGCGGUGGUGGGAAAUGUAGACGCUGGUAAAUCUACUAUGCUGGGAGUCUUGGUCAAGGGUGGGCUCGACGAUGGAAGAGGCAAAGCUCGUGUCAACCUCUUCAGACAUAAGCACGAGAUUGAGAGUGGUCGGACCAGUUCAGUCGGUAUGGAGAUCAUGGGAUUUGAUAUUAUGGGCAAGGUCGUUGCUGCAGAUGUCCCAGGACGAAAGCUGUCUUGGGAGGAAAUUGGCAAACGCUCUGCCAAAGUCAUUACCUUCACCGAUUUGGCUGGACACGAACGAUAUCUGCGAACCACGGUCUUCGGCCUCCUGUCCUCCAGCCCGAACUACUGUCUGUUGAUGGUGGCUGCCAACAAUGGUCUGAUUGGUAUGAGCAAAGAGCAUUUGGGUAUUGCAUUGGCUCUCAAUGUCCCAGUCAUGGUUGUCAUCACCAAAAUCGACAUUUGUCCUCCACAGAUCUUGGAGCAGACUAUCCAGCAAAUCACUCGAAUCUUGAAAUCUCCAGGUGCCCGGAAAAUCCCAAUUUUCAUCAAGAACAAGGAGGAGUGCAUCAACACUGCAACUCAAUUCGUUUCUCAGCGGAUAUGCCCAAUCUUCCAGGUUUCGAACGUCACUGGAGAGUCACUCGACUUGGUUCGUUCAUUCUUGAAUAUCUUGCCGCACCAUGGCCACUAUGAUGCCCAGGCACCUUUCGAGUUCCACGUUAAUGAUACCUUCUCGGUGCCAUUCGUCGGAACUGUCGUGUCUGGUAUCAUCAAGAGCGGUGUCAUCCAUGCUGGCGAUACUGUUCUGAUUGGCCCAGACUCAUUGGGACAAUUCACUACGACAAACAUUCGAUCUAUCGAGCGAAAGCGGAUACAGGUACCGGCUGCAUCAGCAGGCCAGUCUGCAUCUUUCGCUCUGAAGCGUGUCAGACGAAAAGAUGUUCGUAAAGGUAUGGUAGUUUUGCCCAAGCUAGAGCAGAAUGCACCAAAGGUAUACAGAGAGUUUGUCGCAGAAGUCUUGAUUCUGUCUCAUGCAACAACCAUCAAAACCAAAUACCAAGCCAUGCUCCACGUCGGACCAGUCUCUCAAACCUGCGCAAUCAUCGAUAUCGACAGAUCCUACAUCCGAACUGGUGACCGUGCAACAGUCGCAUUCCGCUUCGUUCAACGGCCAGAAUACCUCGCUCCUGGAGAUAGACUCCUCUUCAGAGAAGGUCGCACGAAAGGACUUGGAAUUGUCAAGAGUGUAGGAUAUGAUGCUAGCAAACCACUC